AUGGCUAAAAACGUUGGCUUCCUUAUCUGCAUACUUGUCAUGAUCAUGGACAUUGUUGCGGGCAUACUUGGAAUUGAGGCAGAAAAAGCUCAAAACAAGGAGAAGCAUAUGAAGAUGUGGAUAUUUGAGUGUAGGUACCCAAGCUAUCAAGCUUUUAAGCUAGGAUUGGCAGCUACUAUUCUAUUGGCUCUCGCUCACUCAAUUGCUAACUUGCUUGGUGGGUGCAUUUGUGUGCGUUCCAAAAAACAAUACGAAGCAGCUACUGCUAACAGGCAAUUAGCAGUGGCUUUUCUCAUUUUCUCAUGGAUCGUAUUAGUAGUUGCAUUCUCCAUGCUCAUCAUAGGCACAUUAACCAACUCAAGGUCAAGAAAAUCUUGUGGUAUAUUAAACCAUCGCUUUCUAUUCAUAGGAGGCAUUCUGUGUUUCAUCCAUGGAUUGUUCACUGUUCCCUAUUACGUUUCUGCCACAGCCACUAGAAGGGAAGAGGGGAGGCAAGUUAUACAUGGGCCCGUCAUAAGCUGA